AUGGGUAAUGAGCAACAAGAUGAUUCAAGUCAUCAUUUUAAAAUGAAUACUUCAAAUGGUGAAAUGCAACAACAAGAGAGGCAAAAUCCUUCAUGGACCGAUACUGAACGAGCUCCUAUAACAAGGCAAGUUUCAACAACAACGAAGAAACCUGGUCCGGCACCUAGUUUAAGUAGUCAACGAUCGGUAACAAACAGAAAUUCAUUAUAUGGAACAUCAAGUGUUUCCAGAUCUGAGCAAUCAUACCAAACACCUCGAAUGCCAACAGAAAAGGAUGUAGCUCAAAUUACUAUUGCGUAUGAUUUAUCAUGUUCAUCGUGUGAUGGUGCUUGUGUUGGUAACUAUGUUCGUUGUCGUAUUUGUACUAAAGCAUAUCAUUGCCAAUGUCUUAUUGAACAUGGUUAUGGUGGUGAUGAAUUAUUGUCUAUACGACGUCUUUCAAAACAAGAUUGGAGUUGUCCAGGAUGUAGCGAUCUUACUCGAUUACUUAAUCAAGAUGAACUUAAUACUGUAAUUCAGGCAUUCGAACAAAUUGAUGCAAAUAAAGAUGGUUAUAUUAUUUUAGAAGAAUAUCUUUCACUUAAAUCAAAUAAAAGAAAAUCAGUUGAUUUUGAAUUAUUUAUUCAACGUAAUCAUGAGUUAGGAAAAAAAUAUUUUAGUUUAAUGGAUUCAACACAACAAGGUAUUAUUUGUUGGUCGGAUUUUGCUCUUUUUUAUAGUUGUAAAUUUAUUGCUGCUAAAGAUCAAACUGAAUUAACAACGAAACUAACUGCAAAAGAAUUGGUUAUGGCAAAAAGUCUUUUUUUUAAAGAUCCACAAAAAACAUUUGAUAAUAAUUCUAAUAUAAUUAUAACAAGAAACCAUUUCAAACAAGUUCAUCAUGAUCUUAUUCUAUUGCUUGAAAAAAAAUAUGGUAUCGAAUUUAUUGACGCAAUUUUAGGCUAUAACGAGGAUAUGGAAGAUACAUCUAAAAAAAAUUCUCUGAUGAAUUGGGGCGAAUUUCUUCGUGAAAUUUCUCUUCUUAUUUUACUCAAUCGUUCGAAUAAAAAUAUCACAAAUAGUCAAGUACGUCGUGCAACAAUCCCUGUUCAUCUUAAAGAUGCAUCAGUUGUUUCACGUUCAAAGUUGCCUCCUAUUGGAACAGACUCAUCGAGUAGAGUGACAUUUUCAAGAUUAGAGAGUACGCCAGGAACACCAAUGUUACCAAAUAUAUCCUGUGAUGAAUCAUUUUGUAAACAUGCAAAAAUAUUAGAAAAAAUAAACAAACGAGAUCAACAAGAACAAUUAACAAGGAAAAAAAUGGGUUCGUCUACGAAAUUUACUAUUGUUGAAAGUAUUGAUGAAGAAGAAAAUAUUAAUUUACCAAAGUUAAAAUCUAAUGCUCGAGAUGAUCGAAAAGCAAUUACUGAUCCAUGGACUUCAGUUAAAGAAAUACAACAAUUAAGAAAUCAACCAAUACUUGUUAAAACAGCUCGUAUUAGUAUUAUUAAAACUUGA